AUGGCCGGUAAUCGAGUCCCGAUCAACUACCACACCCCGUCAUUUCCCUCCCUUUACGACCCAAUCCCUUCACACUUAAAGAGCCCUUAUUAUCUCUAUUACACGUUGGACAUUUGGCGCUUUACACUAUACUGGACAUUAGUUUUCUAUGGCGCAAGCCAUCUCACGGUUGCUGGAUGCGCUGUUUUGACUCAUAGUCGCAAUUGGAGCGUGAUAUGGCUGGUGCCAUUGGUAUAUAGUGUGGUCGCAGGUCUGGAAGCACUGUUGGCUGGGAGCAUUGUCGGCUUAGUUCUCGGCUCCAUCUACGAAUCAGGAAACUUCAGAAUGUCGACUUGGAUACCUAUGAUCUGGGGAGGUGUCAAUGUUAUGGUCCUCGUCUUAACCAGCUUCCCUAUGCAAGGUGGACUUUAA